AUGGCACUUCUAUCUAAUUGUAUUCGAUUGUGUUCAUAUUAUAAAUUAUCACAUUACGGAUAUCGAAUCAUCCACCCACUGAGAAUUAAUCAUCAAUUACAAUUAUGCCUUAGUAGUAGUAGUAGUACAACUACCUCUGGUAAAUUUCAAAAGAAACCAUUCAAAUUAGUAUCUUUAAUCCAUGAGUCGUAUGCUACAGAAGAAGCCUGGCAUUCAACUAUCCCACCAUCUCCAGAGUCGAAUCCUUCAGCGUGUUGUUCAUGGUCUGACUUAUUCACUAGGCCUAAUUUACAACCGAUUAUUGUUGAUGUACGCAGCCCGAAAGAAUUCGCUGAAGACCAUAUACACGGUGCAAUAAAUGUACCAGUGUUAAAUGAUGAGGAAAGGGAGUUUGUUGGUCGUUUAUAUUCACAAGGUGAUCUUGUUCGUGCUCGUCUGCAUGGUGCAUCUUUAGUCUGUGCAAAUAUUAGUCGGUGUUUAAAACAACUUGCUGAUGAAUAUGAAUCCCAGCUGAAUAGUUCAACGAGCGCUAAUCAUCAUCAUCAAAUCGUCAAUGGGAGGCGGAAAACUAUAUUUCCAAAUUUUUUAAUUUAUUGUUGGCGUGGUGGUCAGCGGUCAGCUUCACUAGCUACAAUCUUAUCUGAAAUUGGUUGGCCGGGUGAUAUUUAUAUUCUUGUCGGUGGAUAUCGUUCAUGGCGUCGACUGCUAUUACGACAAUUAGAUGCAUGGCCUCGUUGGUCUAUGCCUAAUCCAUUUUGGAUGAUUUCUGGUCUAACGGGUUCCGGAAAGUCUUUAAUUCUUCAAGAGUUACAUGAAUGUGGUGAGAUUGUGUUAGAUUUGGAGGCAAUUGCUAUGCAUAAAGGUUCAAUGUUUGGAAGUCUUGAAGUGGCUAAUCCUCAGGUAACUGACAACAACAACAGCGAUGACAAUAAUAAUAAUAGUAAUAAUAAUGCUUCCAUCAAUUCUAUUACACCAAAAAGAUUUCAAUCACGUCUCCAUCAAGCGUUAAUGAUAUCUAAGCAUAGACUUGCAUCACCGAAGAAUAUUUUAUGGGUUGAGGGUGAAUCACGACAAAUUGGACCGUUGUGUAGUUUACCGGAUAGUCUGUGGACAAGAAUGCGAUCAACUGACCCAAUGGUUGGCACACAUCAUGUAUGGAUUGAUGUAAGUGAAGAGGCGAGAAUCGCGUGGAUUGUAGAGAAUUAUGCUUCAGUUAGUCAAAAUAUUCCUCAAGUAUUACAUAUUUUAAAAAUGUUAGAAAAAUAUCAACCGGCAAAGUUAAUUAACCAAUGGAUUGAAAUGUUCAAUUGUGGUGAUUACACUGGUCUGGUUAGUGGAUUAAUUCGACAACAUUAUGAUCCGCUGUAUAGAAAAAAUCUACAUCAAACAAUGCAAAAUGCUAAAACCUCUGGUCUAUUUCAUUCUCUGCAUUUGGACAGUGUUGACAAGUCGACUAUACAGAAGAAGCUGAUACCUCAGUUGCUGGAUUUAGCCUACUCAACACCAACUACAUCUGAUCCUCAUAGCCAUCAUCCUGAGGAUGAUAAUUCUGUGAAUGAUCGCCGAAGUGUUUCAAUGAAUUUUUCCACGAAUUUUAAGCAUUUAAAAAUAUUAUCUAAUGUUAUUAGAGGUUUCAACUUAUUGAAACCAUUAAAUUCAACAGUAGUACAAUCAAAUACACUGAAGAUUCUACAGACUGAUAAUAAUAAUAAUAAUGGUGUAUGCCAUUUAUCGACAAGUUGCAGUUUAAAUCGUCAUCCUGGUAUUACGUAUCCUCGACCAGUUAGUCGUUAUUGGGCAAUAUGUAAAUUAAGAGAUCCAAAUCAAUACACUGUGGAUGCUUUACCAUUGGUACGAACUGGAGGAAGAGGACCUGAUGGUAAGAUUCAAUAUAAACAUGUUACAACUGGAUUAAAUCGUCCUUGGUUUAUGGUGGAUCAUAAUCGUUCAAGGCAUUUACCGACUAAAAAAGUCUUUGAAGAAAUAGUAUUACAAAUUAAAAAAAACUGGUGGAGACAUCCAUACAUUGCAUUAGUAGCUUCAGGUGAAGUGAAACGAUGGCUUAUUGCAACUACUAGUAUGAAACCCGGUGACAUAAUCCGUUCACAUGUGGAUAUUCCAACUAUUCCAGUUGAACCAAAAGAAGGUGAUGCUUAUCCUAUCGGUGCAUUACCAGUUGGUACAAUGAUUAGUCAAUUUGAAAUUAGACCUGGUCAAGGUGCAGUAUACUGUCGAAGUGCUGGAGCUAGUGCAGUUGUUCUUCGACGUGGAAAAAAUGUCGGCUUAAAGUCUAUUGAAGAGUUAUCCGCUUCAACAGGUUCUAAUGAUGAACUAGAAGAUGAUGAUGUUGUAUUCGUGAGAAGAAAUGGUAAUUCUAAGGUAUAUCGACUUCUGCCAUCUUGUAUGUGUGUAGUUGGUCAAGUUUCGAAUCAUCAUCAUGAUCAAUUCAAAUUUCGUAAAUUCGGUGAAAAGAAAUGGCGUGGCAUAAAACAACGCAGUGGAUUAUUUCAACGUAAAACUGGUAGAUUCGGUCGUAAAAUACGACCAAUUGGUCCACCUAUCGAUCUUGUUACUCAUGAAAGUUCAAAAAAUCAAUUUAUAUUAAAAUGUUCCUAUCCAGGUCUAUCAGAACGUACACGGAUGAAAGAACAGGCUAAAUUUGAAGCGCUACAUCCUCGAAGUAUAAAACGACCACAACUUGUACCUAAGCCACACAAUACACUGCCUGAUAAAAUGCCAAGAUAUCGUUGGUGUUCUUGGUCAUCUGUACGAUGAUAAAUAAUAAUAAUAAUAAAAACAGUGAUUCUUGUACAUUCAAUUUUCCAAUAUAAUAUAGCUACGUGAUAUAAUUGUUGGAGAAUACAUAAUGAAUAGUAAAACGCAC